CCCUGACGCCCAAUUCCAUCAGGAUCGUAUAUUACGAGGAUUCUCGGACAUUCGCACACAGGUAGAAUGUUUUGGGAAAAUCGUAAGGACUGCUCUCGCCUUGGUCUAUCACCACAAGGAAUACCCAUCUAUGAGUGAUUAAAACCGAGUUACGACACUUCACGUUUACUUGGUUUUUAUAGAUUGUGCACUCCCGCUGGGCCGACUUCUAUCGUUUACCAACCCACAACACUCGCGGCCGGCGUCCGACUGCGCAAUUGGAUGACUUGUUAUGACCAUUCCUUCCAAUCCUUAUCUCGCUGACAAGUCGAUUCCAUCUCUGGCUACCGAAUUCAUCGACAUCUUCAGAAGGACCUCAUAUGAAAACACCCUUCUCAGGCAAAUUUUCAAUCAUUCGGAUGCCAUGAGUAUCUUGCAAGUCAUCUACGGCAUUCUUCGAUUCAACCAGUACCUGGUCGAUGCUUGCGAGCUGCUGGGGACGUUGACACCAGCUCUAUUGCAUACGAGUCGUCAGUACCAUCUAACAAGGUCCAGGGCAUCGGCGUUAACUGGCGCGUAUGCGAAAACGUCGGGUUUGCCCUUCCGCAAUGGCAAAAAAAGACGCGUCCCUGGACAGCGCCUCAGAAAUGAAAACGGUGCUUCUGUCUUCUCCUGCCGACGCCGGAACGGAGAAGGCCUCUGCACCAUAAUUCUGCAUACAAAGAGCGUGCAGCGCGUGCUGGGAUCAACCUUGUGGUCGAGACGUCGGAGGAGAAACGAGCGGAAGGCGCUGUUGUACGAAGAGAAGAUUUGGGCGGCUAAUCAAGCUGUAGGAAGCACAAUGUAAUGUUCAGUCAGGUGAAGAUUCUUUGCGGUGGUCGUUCACUUGAAAUCUCCCUACACAAAUAUCCACAUUUCAGUUUAUCGAGAGCCUGAGAAUAGCGACCUGAGGACUCGUAACAGACUCUCUCAUCGCCCUUGGAUCACUAGUCUAAG